GUAUUUUAAGCUAAUGCUGAUUCCUUUUAAUGGGUAUGGUGGUACAUUUCGUUUUGAAGUACUUAUUAGAUCAAUUUGCUUUGCUGUUCUCUUUUACCAUAGUUAUUAUCAAUAUUAGUGAUGAAGAGUGCAUACAGAAGUGUGAUGUUCUACAUUGGGCAAAAGGAAUUGGAGAUGCAAUACAAAAUGAACCGGGUAGUUGCUCAGUGCCGACAGAAAUGUGAGGUUAUGCAAGAAAAAUUCACUGAAAAGCUGGAGCAGGUGCAUACUGCAUACCAGAAGAUGGCUAAGAGAUGCCACAUGAUGGAGCAAGAGAUCGAGAACUUGUCCAAGGACAAGCAGGAGCUUCAAGACAAGUUUGCUGAAAAAUCCAGGCAAAAAAGAAAACUUGAUGAAAUGUAUGAUCAGUUGAGGAAUGAGUUUGAAUCAGUAAAACGUUCAGCUAUUCAGCCUGCCAAGAAUUUCUUCCCAAGAACUGAGCCCGAUUUGUUCUCAAACACUACAAGUUCGUUGUUGGUUGCCACUCCUAAAACUCCAGGGCCAAGAGAAGAUAUGUGGCCUCCCACAAGACAAAACAACUCUGACUCUGGACACUUUGACGUAUCCAACGUUUCACCUGCAAAACAAUCUGGGUUUCAAAUGGAUGGCGGCGGAAACAAAAGAAUGGCAGGUCUGCGUUCUGCUUUUGGUGUUGGACCCGGAGCUGGCACUGGAAACCCAUCAAUGACACUCAGGAACCUCAUCCUUUCACCUAUUAAGAGGCCUCAGCUUUCUCGUGGUCAACCCCAAAUGUUCACCAUUAACGAAGUCACCCAUGCACCCAAGCUGGAUAUGCCCAAGAGUGAUGGCUCCGAACCCGUGCGUUGGUUGCAUUUGGUAAAAGAAUACUUUGCAUAUUAUAAUACCCCCUCAAAGGAUCGUCUGCAAUAUGUGACAUCGAUGUUGGAAGGGGCCGCUGCAGAUUGGUUCCGUUGGCGUAUGAAUUACGGGCUCAUUAAUGAUUGGGAUGAUUUUGUGCACAAGUUUAAAAUUCGAUUUGAUCCUUUUCAUUACGUCUUUAUGGAGAAGAUACCCGAAGAGGCCCAAGACAUAGUUAUUCAGGCAGGGGAAGGAGCAGUUGCGCACCCAACACUUGUUGUCAUGGACAAAGGUGGAUCUCAGAAAUUGAGUGCUGGAGCACACACCAAGGAUGACAUAUACAGUGGGUCUGAUGCCAUGGGGAAAGAGGGGGAUACCCCUGGUGGCGAGGAUGCUCGGGUGUACUCCUUGUGCUGGAGACGUCGCAAAGGGCCAAACAUUGAGAUGUGUCAUCGAUCCAAAUAGCCAACACCCUCUUUCUUUAGUUUGGUCUCGCACAAUCAUGAUGUCUCACCACCCCCUUAUCAUCAAGUCGGAGAAUCGGGAUUUUAAGGGAGU